AUGUACAGCAAAAGCCGUGUCUAUAUCCUUGGAGUUGGGAAUAUUGGAAAGUUUUUUGCGUACGCAUUAAGGAAGCAACACCCUGGGUUGCCUAUCUCACUGCUUUUCCAUCGACCCAGCCUUAUUGGUGACUGGGAUGCGUCCGGAAGAACUAUAGAGUGUGUUACAGAUGCAGUUUCCGAUAAACGAACGGGUUUCGACGUGGAAAUCGUAUCCUCGACAGAUCCAAUUGAUAAUUUGAUUGUAGCAACCAAGACUACUGUCACAGCCUGCGCUUUAGGUUCAGUCAAACACCGUCUUCGCAAAUCAUCCAAUAUCUUGUUUUUGCAGAAUGGAAUCGGUACUACAGACGAAGUGUCAGCUCUAGUGUUCAGGGAUGCGAAUUCACGGCCAUCAUACUGGGUUGGAGUUUGCAGCUGCAGCAUAUAUCGUGUAUCUCCUUUCUCCAUCGUUCAUGCUGGUCGAGGAGCUAUUGAGUUAGGGCCAGUCUCGAGUGCAUCCCAUGCUCCGACUUGUGGCAUACCAACGAGCUCGGCACGGCCUGAUUUCAUAACUCAACUUCUCGAGGUGCCAGACAUAGAGGCAGUCCUGAUAGGGCUAGAUCAGACAAAGGCAGCACAGCUACGAAAACUCACCGUCAAUGCAGUGCUCAAUCCUUUAACUGCGAUAUUUCGGUGCAGCAGGGGUGAACUGCUCGAUCACCCACAGCGGUUUAGCUUUAUGGAAGCACUUUUCCAAGAGGUUGCCGAUAUCGUUCGCGCACUAACGUCUGGAGUGCCUCAAAGCUCUGAAGACCAGCUCUUUGAAAAGCAAAACCUCUGGUCGCUGGUGCUAAGAGUUGCUGAGAGUUCAAGAGAAAGUACGAGCUCAAUGCUUCAUGACAUUGAAGCGGGACAGAAAACCGAGAUCGAUUACAUUAACGGAUAUAUUGCAUCGCAAGCACAACAACGUGGCCUCACUUGCUUCAGAAACAACGUUGUUGUCACUAUGGUUAAAAGACGACAGUGCAUUACGGACAAUGAAAUAGAGACUGUGUUAAAAACACAUGACCCAAUAUCAGCAAGUACGCUGUUCAAGAUAGAGGUGCAAAGUGCGUAA